UUCUAUUUCCAUUGUUAAAGCAAUUUUCCUCGUAUUCAUACUAAACACAAGAAGCUAUUAAUCAUAAUAGCCAGCAAGUGAAAGUGAAUUUUUUCCCCCAUAAUCAUAAAUAUUGAUCCUCAUCUUGGGAUUGAAGAUAGUAACCAAUUACCGAGAUGAAAAUUUCGUGAAGGAUUAGAGAGAAGAUUUCACGUCCGCCCCAGAAAAAUGGGAAUGGGCAGUGAUAUGGACUACCAGUGCGGUUUGAGCGAGGAAGAUCAGACCGUCGCCAAGGACGAGCUCAGGGAGGAUGAUGCCAUCAGAGAUCAGUUGCUCGAGCAAUUUCGACAGUGGAUCCUGAAGCAUCCGACGAUUAAGAGAUGCAGGACUGAUCCUGUCUUUCUUCUGAGGUUCUUGAGGACCAAGAAGUUCAGUCUCCCCAUGGCUCAGGAAAUGCUCGAGCGAUAUCUCACUAUUAGGCAGGUCUAUCCCGACUGGUUCCAGAAACUCGAUAUCAAUGAUCCUGAGAUCGAGGCUAUUAUCGAUGCGGGGUAUUUGGUCCCUAUGCUGGAGAGGGACGAGAGUGGGAGACAAGUUAUUUUGUCGUGUGCUGGUCGCUUCGAUCCUUACAAAUACACAUCAGCCCACAUGGCGCGUGCUCACAGUGUCGUCCUAGAAACCCUCAUGGACGAGGAAGAGAAUCAAGUCCACGGUUACACCCACAUAAAUGACGAAUCCGGUCUGACAAUGGGCCACAUCAGUGCCUGGUCCUUGACGGACAUUCGAAAUAUGCUAAGAUGCAUACAAAACAGCACACCUAUCCGUCACAAAGGGACGCACUUCAUUAACAUCCCAGCGUUCGGCUCCAAGAUACUCGAAUUCGCUGUUUCACUGCUCAACGACAAACUGAGAUCUCGGAUAUACGUGCAUAAGAGCCUUGAGGACCUGGCGGAAACAGUAAAUCCCAAGAUAUUGCCGAAGGAGUAUGGCGGUGUUGUACCGCUCGCGGAUAUGAUUGCGACCUUCAAAGAGAAGCUGCGUGCGAAGAGGGACGAUCUGAAGGCCCUGGACGACAUGUACAUCGAAAUAUCCCCCAAGGAUUCCUGCUCAGCUGCGAGUGAUGGCCUCUGCGGCAUCACUGGCUCAUUCCGUAAAUUAGAAGUCGAUUAGAUAAUUUUUUUAUUUUACUCUAUUGUUAUGUUUGAUGAUAUUUUAUAAGAGAUGAUGACAAUGUUUUCCCUUCUGGUGAGUCAAAGGUCCCUCUGCGUUCUUCCUUACACAGCGAAGAAAACUUUGGAGAAAUUACCAGUGAACAAACGUAAAAACUGUGGUCUGGAAGGUAAUUGUGGAGGAUGGUGUCUGUUUCGUAAAAAUUGGAGAGGUUUUUUGCCGGAAUUUUAGUGGAGAAAGCCGUGAGAAUGGAGCUCUUUCUUAAAUUCUUAAGGUAUCCGUAGAAAACAGAUUUUUACUGCAAAGCUGAUCCCGAUCGUUGAUAUGCAGGAAAACUUGAGGGAAAUAUCCUAUGAAUUUUGAAGGUCGAGGGGUAU